AUGGCUUUCAUUAUUGAUUAAUUUAAAAAUAGACAAUAUACUGAUCAAAAAUUUUUUUAUUGUAAAUUUUGUCACAUGAUGUCAAAGGGGCAUUUUAAAAAAGGGUCAAAGACUUCUCGAAAAUCAAUCAGAUUUAAGAGGUCGACUUUCCUAGACCCCAGACAUAGUCAAUCAAACCACAUCGAUUAGACAAUUACAAACACUAGGGGAAUAUCUCACCAGAGAUCUGGAGAAAGGGAUACAAUACUUUAGAUAAUCAACUGGAACACUCACAACUGUGAUUUAUUCUUUGAAAGAGGCAAUAAUGGAACUCAAAGCAUGGCUAUCAAAGUUUUUUUAGUUGGUAAAAUAUCUAUUUCACUAUGUGAAUGUCUAUGCAAAGCAAUUCAUGUAUUUGGUUUUCAAUUUUCUAUAUCUAAUGUACUUUACACUCUAAUAUAUAAAGUAGCUCCACAAUUAGAAUUUAUUAAAGCAUAAUUCUCAUUCAUCAUUUCAUUAAAAUGA